CGUGGAACUGAGGGGAGGGCCGGGAGCCGCGCGUGCAGCUCUGCCCGAGCCCGGGGCGUGGGAACCGUGAGCGCUGACCCUCGCCGGGGUGAGUGGACGGGGCCCGGGACAGUGGCACCUGAGCGGUAGGCAGGCCCUCAGGUGCACCCCAGGGGACACAGGUAAUUAUCUCAUGAAGUAUCAUUAUAUCCGUUUUAUUGAUGAGGAAGCUGAGGCUCAGAAAAAUCAUGAUUUGCUCAAGGUUCUAUACAUGAGGUGAAGUGCAGAACUAGGAUUUUCCAAGCCAGUUCCGUACUGUAGUCUAGUGCCUUUCCUGCCAGGACCGCUCCUACCCAUGGAACAGUCAUCCACCAUGGAGCCCCGGGGCCCUGUAGACCACGGAGUACAGAUUCGCUUCAUCACAGAGGCAGAGGGUGGUGCCGAGAUGGGCACUCUACGCCGAGGGGGACGACGACCGGCUAAAGACGCCAGAGCCAAUACCUACGGGGUGGCCGUGCGUGUGCAGGGUAUCGCUGGACAGCCCUUUGUCGUGCUUAACAGUGGAGAGAAAGGGGGUGACUCCUUUGGGGUCCAAAUCAAGGGGACCAAUACUCGAGGAGCCCCAGGAACUCCAAGCUCUGAUUCAGAAUUCCCUGAGAACCCCUACUCUCCGGCCAAGGAUCUUCCUGCCCCUUCUCAGGGCAGCACAUCGGACGAGGAGCCUGGGACCCACUGGCAAGGAAGACUGCUCCGGUCCCAGUCGCAGGCCUCACUGGCAGGCCCUGCGCCUAUAGGUCCCAGCAAUAGGAGCACCAGCUUGCUGGAGCUGACACCCCAAGGGGCGAUGCCAGGCAGCACCAUCGACACUGCUCCCCUGUCUUCUGUGGACUCCCUCAUCAACAAGUUUGACAAGCAAGUGAGGGGCCAGGCCCGAGGUCGUACUGGCCGCCGUACUCGGACACUGCCCCAUGAACAGCGCAAGAGGAGCCAGAGCCUGGACAGCCGGCUCCCCCGGGAUACCCUGGAGGAGCGGGAGCGCCAGGCUUCCAGCCACUGGGCCCCCAGCAGCAAGUAUGACAGCCAUGUGGACAGCGCAAAACAGCCUUCCCAGAGCCAGAGCCCUCUUGGUGGCUUUUCCCGUUCCCGGCAGACUCAGGACUGGGUCCUUCAGAGUUUUGAGGAGCUACAGGAGCGUGCACAGGAUCCUGCCCUGCUGCAGUUCAAGUCAACUCCAGACCUUCUCCGAGACCAGCAAGAAGCCGCCCCAGCAGGCAGUAUGGACCAUGUGAAGGCCACCAUCUAUGGCAUCCUGAGGGAGGGAAGCUCAGAAAAUGAGACCUCGGUGAGGAGAAAGGUUAGUCUGGUGCUGGAGCAGAUACAGCCUCUUGUGAUGGUUUCUCCUGGUUCUACCAAGGCCCUGGCAGGGCAGGGUGAGCUCACCCGCAAAGUGGAGGAGCUACAGAAAAAGCUAGAUGAAGAGGUAAAGAAGAGACAGAAGCUAGAGCCUUCCCGAGCUGGGCUGGAGCGGCAGCUGGAGGAGAGAGUGGAAGAGUGCAGCCGACUGCAGGAGCUGCUGGAGAGGCGGAAGGGGGAGGCCCAGCAGAGCAGCAAGGAACUGCAGAACAUGAAGCUCCUCCUGGACCAGGGGGAGAGGGUACGACAUGGGCUGGAGAGCCAGGUGAUGGAGCUGCAGAGCAAGCUGAAACAGGGCCAGGGCUCUGAGCCUGCGAAGGAGCUGCUUCUGAAGGACCUGUUGGAGACCCGGGAGCUUCUAGAAGAGGUCUUAGAGGGGAAACAGCGGGUAGAAGAGCAGCUGAGGCUGCGGGAACGGGAGUUGACAGCCCUGAAGGGGGCCCUGAAGGAGGAGGUGGCCUCCCGCGACCAGGAGGUGGAGCAUGUGCGGCAGCAGUGCCAGCGAGACACAGAGCAGCUCCGCCGGAGCAUGCAGGACGCAACCCAGGACCAUGCAGCACUGGAGGCUGAGAGGCAGAAGAUGUCUGCGCUGGUCCGGGAACUGCAGAGGGAGCUGGAGGAGACCUCAGAGGAGACAGGGCAUUGGCAGAGCAUGUUCCAGAAGAACAAGGAGGAGCUUCGAGCCACCAAGCAGGAACUCCUGCAGCUGCGGAUGGAGAAAGAAGAGAUGGAAGAGGAGCUUGGGGAGAAGAUCGAGAUCUUACAGAGGGAUUUAGAGCAGGUGCGAGCUGGUGCUAGAGAUACUCGCCAGGUUGAGGAACUCAAGAAGGAACUGCAACGCACACAGGAGGAGCUCAAGGAUCUGCAGGCGGAGCGGAAGAGCCAGGAGGCGGCUGGGCGACACCGGGACCGGGAGUUGGAGAAGCAGCUGGUAGCCCUGAGGGUGGAAGCUGAUCGAGGCCUGGAGCUGGAACAGCAGAACCUCCAGCUACAAAAAACUCUCCAGCAGCUGAAACUAGAUUGUGAAGAGGCCGCCAAGGCCAAGCUGGCAGCAGAGAAGGAGGCCUCGGUGCUGGGGCAGCGCCGGGCAGCAGUGGAAACCACACUUCGGGAGACCCAGGAGGAAAAUGACGACUUCCGCCGACGCAUCCUGGGUCUGGAGCAGCAGCUGAAGGAGGCCCGAGGGCUGGCGGAGGGCGGGGAAGCGGUGGAGGCACGACUUCGGGACAAGGUGCAGCGGCUGGAGGCAGAGAAACAGCGACUUGAGGAGGCCCUGAAUGCAGCACAGGAGGAGGAGGGGAGCCUGGCAGCAGCCAAGCGGGCCCUGGAGGUCAGGCUGGACGAGGCCCAGCGGGGCCUGGCACGCCUGGGGCAGGAGCAACAGGCUCUGAACCGGGCCCUUGAGGAGGAAGGGAAGCAGCGGGAGGUGCUACGGCGGAGCAAGGCGGAGCUGGAGGAGCAGAAACGUUUGCUGGACAGGACUGUGGACCGACUCAACAAGGAGCUGGAGCAGAUCGGGGACGACUCCAAGCAAGCCCUGCAGCAGCUCCAGACCCAGCUGGAAGAUUACAAAGAAAAGGCCCGGCGGGAGGUGGCAGAUGCUCAGCGCCAGGCUAAAGAUUGGGCCAGUGAGGCUGAGAAGACCUCUGGGGGGCUGAGCCGCCUUCAGGAUGAGACCCAGAGGCUACGGCAGGCCCUACAGGCUUCCCAGGCUGAGCGAGACACAGCCCAGCUGGACAAAGAGCUGCUGGCCCAGCGACUACAGGGACUGGAGCAAGAGGCAGAGAACAAGAAGCGCUCUCAGGAUGACAGGACCAGACAACUGAAGAGCCUUGAGGAAAAGGUGUCCCGGCUGGAAACUGAAUUAGAUGAAGAGAAGAGCACAGUGGAGCUGCUAACAGAACGGGUGAAUCGUGGCCGGGACCAGGUGGACCAGUUGAGGACUGAGCUCAUGCAGGAAAGAUCUGCUCGGCAGGACUUGGAGUGCGACAAAAUCUCCUUGGAGAGACAGAACAAAGAGCUGAAGACCCGGUUGGCUAGCUCAGAAGGCUUCCAGAAGCCCAGUGCCAGCCUCUCUCAGCUUGAGUCUCAGAAUCAGUUAUUGCAGGAGCGUCUACAAGCUGAAGAAAGAGAGAAAACAGUUUUGCAGUCUACCAACCGAAAAUUGGAGCGCAAAGUUAAAGAACUGUCCAUCCAGAUUGAUGAUGAGCGACAGCAUGUUAAUGACCAGAAAGACCAGCUAAGCCUGAGGGUGAAGGCUUUGAAGCGGCAGGUAGAUGAAGCGGAAGAAGAAAUUGAGCGACUGGAUGGCCUGAGGAAGAAGGCACAACGUGAGCUGGAGGAGCAACAUGAGGUCAACGAGCAGCUCCAGGCCCGGAUCAAAUCCCUGGAGAAAGAUGCCUGGCGCAAAACUUCCCGCUCGGUUGCUGAGUCAGCUCUCAAACAUGAGGGGCUGAGUUCGGAUGAAGAAUUUGACAGCGUCUAUGACCCCUCAUCCAUUGCAUCGCUGCUUACGGAGAGCAACCUUCAGACCAGCUCCUGUUAGCUCCUAGUCUACAACCGUCCAGAAACAGGCUCAGGGCCUAGCCCAGCCAGCCCUGCUCUGCCUUGCUGCCCUGUCUGCCUUGAGUCCUCUUUCCUGUGGGUGACCCAGUUACUCAGACCCAAGACAGGCAGGGGUCUAAGUCACAGUGAUAAAGAAGACAGUAAGAAGAAGCUGAAAGAUGGACUUGGCAUUCCCAUCAGAGGAAUGGGUGUCUUAGGCUGAGUCCUUCUUUGGGGUGCCGGCCCUUCUUUCAUCUCCAUGACAUGAGGUGAAAAGAGUGUAAGGAUGAUCAGCAUAGAGACUGAGGGGGGCUGAAAGGAUCAGAAAGUAUUCUAUUGAAAUUGCCAUGUGUAUAAAGCUUUAUUUCUUUGGUCCUUAACCUUCUGGCUCAGGGAAAUACCCAGUACUAUUCUGCUCCCGGAAUUCCUACAGCCUAUUUUCCUCCCUUCUCUGAAGCAGGGUGCGGAAGCAUAGGUAACAGACACGCAGGCGUGAUUUUACCCAUUUCUCAGAUACCACUCUGUACAGUUAUGGAGCUCCUGUGAUAGUCCUUAUACCCUUCUAGUCCUACAUUUUUGUCUUCUCCAAGCUAGUGGGUCCAGGGGACCCAUCAUCCCCUCCUCUUCCAUCUUUACCAUUCCUAGCCUGCUUCUUUUCCUCUCAGUGCCUUAGCCAGGGUGAGGAGAUAAGGAUGCUCUUCUUACCUUUUAUACCUACACAUUCAUACCUCUCCCUAAACCAGCCUUUCCCCAGUGGGGCCCUCAGCCUGCCCUGCUUCUCUAGGGACUGGUCAAGAGGGCCACCAGCUGUUCUUCUGAGGAGCCCUGGGAGAAGGACUUUGGUAGGGCUCUAAAGGUGGUGGGGAUCUGGUUCUGCUCAGGGCUUCUGUCUGUCCUCUCCCUCUUCUGUGGCACUGGAUAUGAUUAUUAGGUGGCUGCACUGGGGGACCCUGACAACUGU